AUGUGCACGCUUGCAGAUGGACAGGAACUCUUUGGCAGCAGCCAGAAGCUCAGCUGGCAGGAGUCAAGAAACCUAACCCGAGACUUUUCAAAGGCACGGGAAGGUGACAUCUCCGUUCUUCCUCAUUUUAAUCCGUUUUACAUCCCUCGGCCGCUUUCUGCGGUGACUUUAGCAGGACCGGCGAAAUCCACGCCCGUGAAACCAGCGUGUUUUGCUAGGACGGGUGGGGCGGGCGUCUGCGGGGAGCUGCACGGUCAAUGCUACGAUAACAGCGGAGAUCCUGAACUGCGGGUCACAGCUAUGCUGGAGCUGGGAUCCCCCCUGGAGAUGAUUCAGCUUCUGCAGACCCCCUGGGAGGAGAGAUUUAAAAUUUGCCUGAGUCUUGUGAGACUGCUGUUUUACUUGGCACACUCCCCCCUGGGUUCAAUAGUCCUGUUGGAUUUCCAGCCGAGGCAGUUUGUUAUGGUGGAUGGAAACCUAAAAGUGACAGACAUGGAUGAUGCCAGCACUGAGGAACUGUCAUGCAAGGAAGAUAACGACUGCACACUCGACUUCCCUACAAAAAGCUUUCCUCUCAAAUGCUCUGUGGUUGGGAAAUGUGAAGGAAUAAAUGAAAAGAAGAAUCUUUUCAAUGCGUAUCGGUAUUUUUUCACCUAUCUUUUGCCACACUCUGCACCACCAGCUUUGCGGCCUUUUUUGAGUGAUAUUCUGAACGCAACAGGUGAUUUACGAUAUGGAAUAAAUGAAACCCUGGAAGCUUUUGAAAAGGUUUUACAUCUGUACAAGUCUGGGCUCUAUCUGCAGAAAAGACCUCUUCAUUUAAAAGACUACAUCUCCCUAAAGGGCUUCCGAACAGUGGAAGGAGACUACAAAUGCUGGCCCUCCUACAGCCACCUGGGAUGCCUGCUCUCCGUUCACAGCGCCGAGGAAGCCGCCGCGAUUUGUAACUCCCAGUCGCAGUGUCAAAGUUUUACCGUCACCCAGCGGAGGACGUGGACAGGACGCCCACUCGCCUCGUUUCAGAGUAGCCCAACUGAUUUAAUACCGGAUGCUAACGCUGUAGUCUAUAUUAAACGAUCAGCUUCCUCAGGGGAAAGACUUUAA